GUGUGUGUUUAUAUAUACGCCUCGCCCCCACCCCCUUUUACCUCAUCCUGCUUGGACCCCGGCCGGUCUCUGCGCGUAGCUAGCCGGAACAGAUCAUCGGAGCUUUUGUCUUUUAGCAAGCUCAACAACUACCGGGGAGUAGGUACCGGGAAGGAGGAGGAGGAGACGGCUGCAUGGGGAGGCCACCGUGCUGCGACAAGGUGGGCGUGAAGAAGGGGCCGUGGACGCCGGAGGAGGACCUCAUGCUCGUCUCCUACGUCCAGGAGCACGGCCCCGGCAACUGGCGCGCCGUGCCCACCAACACCGGGCUGAUGCGGUGCAGCAAGAGCUGCCGGCUGCGGUGGACCAACUACCUCCGGCCGGGGAUCAAGCGCGGCAACUUCACUGACCAGGAGGAGAAGCUCAUCGUCCACCUCCAGGCCCUCCUAGGCAACAGGUGGGCGGCGAUAGCGUCCUACUUGCCGGAGAGGACGGACAACGACAUCAAGAACUACUGGAAUACGCACCUCAAGAAGAAGCUGAAGAAGAUGCAAGCCGGCGAAGGCGGUGGAGGAGACGACGGCGUUGGCCCAUCAGAGGGCGGCGGCGGCGGGGUGGGCGAAAAACGGCCGUCCGUCCCCAAGGGGCAGUGGGAGCGGCGGCUGCAGACGGACAUCCACACGGCGCGGCAGGCGCUGCGCGACGCGCUCUCGCUCGAGCCCUCGACGCCGGCUAAGGCACCGCCUCUGCUGCCGACGCCUCCGGGGUUGGCAACGUACGCGUCCAGCGCCGAGAACAUCGCGCGACUGCUGGAGGGGUGGUUGCGCCCGGGCGGCAGUGGCGGGGGAAAGGGGCCUGAGGUGUCGGGUUCGACGUCCACGACGGCGACGACGCAGCAGCGGCCGCAGUUCUCCGGAGAGGGCGCUGCGUCCGCGUCGGCCAGCCACAGCGGCGGCGCUGCCGCCGCGGCCGCGCAGACUCCCGAAUGCUCAACGGAAACGAGCAAGAUGGCCGGCGCGGUCGGCGACGCCGGCGCCGCACCGGCGUUCUCGAUGCUGGAGAGCUGGCUGCUGGACGACGUCAUGGGGCACGGCGAGAUGGGGCUCAUGGCCGACGUGAUGCCAUUAGGGGACCCCAGUGAGUUCUUUUAAUAAAGGCCCCUGUACAAGUACAACCAAAAGGAAAAUAAUCCAGUAGUAGAGGUGCAAGAACAAAAAGAAGAAAGUGGCCGAGUUAAUCAUUUAGUUAAGAACAAAUUAAAAAAACUAAAUCUCUUUAAAUUCUCGGUGAUUUAGAUCGAGUCGAUUGUCGAUUUAGUUUGUUUAAUCCCUUUCUUUUAUUUCUUUUUCGAUGUUGUUUAUCUGAUGUUAGGGUUUUGGAACUGAUCAUGUAAGUUUAUACUAAUGACAGCUUCCUAAAUGGACCAUAUGCAUGAGGGUGGGAGAAAAGGGAACAAGUGUACAUCUUAAAAGGAUCUAUAUAAUUAGAUGCUAAUUACAGAU